AUGAUGAUAAGUUUAAAAGCAGUGUUGGGAAUCUGCUUCUUCGGAAGCAUUUUUGGUUCCAGUUCAGCGGAAGAUCAAGCGUAUCCCAUCUUAAAGCCAGCACCGGAGGAAGUGUUGUUCCGUGUGUCUGAACCAUUUUUAUUGGAGUGUGUUACGGAGUACCCAGAUGGACAUACCACAUUUGAAUGGCACAAAAAUGGCCAGCCAUUGAAAGAUGUAAACGCUGUCCAGCGUCCCAACGAAGGCAGCUUAGUCUUCCUCAAGCCCACACCAGAGACCGCCGGUCGCUACCAAUGCUUUGCUUCAACAGCUUACGGGACCGCCAGUACAAGAGUUAUAAAUGUGAAUCAAGCAUACAUAAAGAAUGAAGCUCCGGUUAUCCAAUACGUCAAAGCUGUUGAGGGCAAGCCGUUUAAAUUGAAUUGCGACGCGUCGAACUCCUACCCGAAGCCCGAGAUAUCUUGGAGACUUAUAUCAAUCUUCGACCCGUUGAUUUCGACUGAAGUUUCCGAUGUAAGGAUGACGUUCGCACCCGAAGGCACAUUAUAUAUAACGAGUGUCGAAAAGGAAGAUGCAAACAAGAACUUCAAGUAUGUAUGUCUGGCGCGAACGCCGGCCUCUCCGAAUAAAGAUGUUCCUAUCGCGGAAUAUGUUAUACAGGAAGUAACACCCAACAAGGGCGAGAGUGAAAUUGUUGAACUUUACACUAGCAAGGAUAUGACCGUGAAAGUCGGGGACCGUGUAUUUAUUCACUGCAUCUUUGGCGGCAACCCUCUACCAAUGCAGGACUAUUACAAAGACGGCAAAGAUAGUAAUGGACUGCCUAAAUCUCGCGUGACCCCAUACAACCGAAGCAAGGGGAAACGCCUCCUCAUUCGCGACACAUGGUUAACAGAUGCCGGAACUUAUCUUUGCGUAUCACACAACAAUGUUAGCGCAUCGAAAGAACACAGUAUGAAACUGAAUGUCGUGGCUGCCCCUCACCCUGAAGUCAUUCCAUCCGGGGAAGUAAAAGCCACUGGGGAAAAAGUUACCAUCCCAUGCAAUGCAACAGGUUUUCCAGCUCCGAAAAUAUCUUGGACAUUCAACUCUAAGCCCAUAUCUUCAUCUGAGCAUAUAAAGAUUGUAACUUCAACAGCCGGGAAUAGUACCACUUCUGAACUGUCAAUUGUCGGGCUGAAGCAGAGUGACACAGGCUACUACGGAUGUAAAGUUGAAAAUGAGCAUGGAGGUCUAUAUGGAGAGGUCCUAUAUGUGUUUGGUGGUCAGUCACCAAAAAAAUAA